UGUGUGCAUAUAUUUGUGGCGUAUUGAUAAGAAAUUGGGCGUCUACGAUCGUUGGUGCUCUUUCUGUCACAAUAGAAGCCCACGUGACAUAUCCAGCGUUUUUUUCUUUUGAACUAGCUGUCACAGGAACUUUACAGUCUUCGAUUUUGGAGCUGUCAUCCAUUGCAUCAAAAAGUGACUACUAAAGCAAUGGAGAACUCAAGAGAUUCUGCUGGAGACUGUAAAGAUGGCCCAUCUGUUGAGUACCUCAGCAUGUCUGGAGAUCCUGCUCAGGAUAAGAUGCUGCUGCAGCCCUUCCAGUACAUCUGCCAGAUGCCGGGGAAGCAGAUUCGCACCAAGCUGGCCCAGUCGUUCAACUACUGGAUGAACAUAGCGCCCGAUAAGCUGGCGGAGAUCGAGCAGAUUGUGGAGAUGCUACACAAUGCAAGCCUGCUGAUUGACGACAUCGAGGACCGGAGUAUCUUGCGUCGCGGUAUCCCGGUGGCCCACAGCAUCUACGGCAUGGCCAGCACCAUCAACGCCGCCAACUACGUCUACUUCAUGGGCCUGGAGCGGGCGCAGGCGCUUGGGCACCCCAAGGCGACCACGGUGUUCUGCGAGCAGCUGCUGGACCUGCAUCGGGGACAGGGAAUGGACAUCUACUGGCGGGACAACUUCCACUGUCCCACCGAAGAGGAGUACAGGCAGAUGACCAUCCGCAAGACGGGUGGCCUGUUCGGGCUGGCCACCCGGCUGAUGCAGCUGUUCUCCAGCUGCCAACACGACUUCAGCAAGCUCGCCUCCACGCUCGGCCUCUACUUCCAGAUCCGGGACGACUACGCCAACCUGUGUUUGGAAGAGUACGCGGAGAAUAAGAGCUACGCCGAGGACCUUACAGAAGGAAAGUUCAACUUCCCCUGCAUCCACGCCAUCACCAGUCGGCCGGACGACACGCGCAUCAUCAGCAUCAUCAGGCAGCGCACCACCGACAUCGAGGUGAAAAAGUACUGCAUCGUGCUGCUGAAGCAGUUCGGCUCCUUUGAAUACACCUUGGAGACACUCAAGUGCUUAGAUGCCGAGGCUCGUGACCAGAUAAAGACGCUAGGUGGAAACCCCCAGCUGGAGAUGGUGUUGAACUCCCUCAAGGUGUGGUGAACAGCGCGGGCCCAGAGGCGGCGCGCGGGCAUCCGAGAGCGUCUUACGCCGGUGGUGGCCGGAGGAAGAGGUCCAGGAGGUCGAGGCAAAGCCUGCUGUCCUGGAGAAGAGGGCAUUCCUUGAUCAGCUACGGAUCAGCUACCGUGAUAGAUGUUUGAGCCUGUUGCGUUAGUCCCUGGUGUUGGUUGACCUCAGCACGGCCGCGCUAAGAGCACGGUGCCAUGUCGCUCGUUCAGUUCUCAGUGGUGUGUCAGCGACUUGAUUUCCAGACCGUCAACGGAUGUUUUAUUUUUGUAAGGCAGGUUUCCUCUGGCCAGGCGUUAAUCAGGGCUGCGCUUAGCGUGGUGUGAGUUAAACUAUUGCAGUUCUUUUUCGCGGUCAGUGGCGAUGUUUUGCUCCGUCUCUUACCUUGUUUUGACGUGCAUACGACGAUAUUCCGUCCAUGCUUGGGAAGACUUGGGCCGAUGUCGCCCGGAUCAGAGGCGAAGAUUAGCUCGGUUACAGUUCCUGGUCCCCUUUCGUUGCCACAGAGCGAGGCGUCCGGUCUCUUAGCUAAGGGCGGUACGAGGGCGGUUCUCUUUGUGGGCCACGAACACGAUGAUUGGACGCAAAGACAGCGACCUGGCUCCUCCUAACUUGACAUCCCCUCCCCUUCCCCCUCCCCCCUGCACAGGUGGGUACCAUCGGCCAAAGCUGAACGUUUGCGAUCACGGCGUGAAUGAUCACUGCAUGAUCACCAAAUGAUCGCUGUGCCGGCGUGGUUUGCCGCGGGAGACGAGUCCCCACACCGAGGCGGACCUGGACAUUACGCCUGG